AUGUCGUAUCAACCGCAGCAGUGUAAGCAGCCCUGCCAGCCACCUCCUGUGUGCCCCACACCAAAGUGCCCAGAGCCAUGUCCACGCCCAAAGUGUCCUGAGCCCUACCCACCACGAAGGCGUCCAGAGCCCUGCCCACCUCAGCAGUGCCAGCAGAAAUGUCCUCCUGUGCCACCUUCCCCACCCUGCCAGCCAAAGUGUCCACCCAAGAGCAAGUAACAGCUUCAGGAUUCAUCAGGACCAUGAAAGGAUGAGGAUAAUUGGCCCACCUCGUUCUGUAGCCCCA